UUUUAUGCGUGUGAGAAGGGAUCAGUGACCCCUCUCUUCUUCUUCUUUUUUUCCUUUUUAAUAACUCCGCCGCCAUCAUACAGAUAUAAAAUAAAACGCGAAGAAGGAGAGCCAGAUCUUUCAGGUUGAACGGUCCCAAUUCAAUUUCUUCGAAAAUUCUUACUUAGCUUCUGGGUGAGGUUUUUCAUGAUUUUUUAGAUAUAUCAAUGGAGACUCGCUGCCCUCUGAGUAACCUUGCACACACUUCUUCAAUACCACCAGACAUUUCCUUCGGAUCAGGACAUGUUCAUCUGCCCUCUGCCAAUGGCGAAGCAGUUGGUCACAUUUAUUCAAACGAUCUCCCUAACGCUGCUGCUUCCAUGGUCUCUCAUGAGACACCACUCAUCUCUGAGAUAUUAGACUGGGAUGCUUCUUCAAUCCACGAACUUCUUGAUUUUCCUUUGGAUUAUUCACCCAUUCAAUUGGAGGAGGACAUCCACAAACCAACUGACUUGGCAGAAUUGGAUCACGAAUUGAUUACUAGUGACAAUCCUCUCUGGAACCAUCUUUUCGUUGACACAUGUUCUACCUCCUCACCUUCCAAGGUCCAGGAACCCCAAGUUUCCCUGCAGCAGCAGCCUUCUCCUUGUGUUGAAUUGCAACCUCUUGUUAGGACAGUAUCCUCAAACAGUUUCACCAGUAAUAAUAAUACUGCAUCAGCAGCAGCAGCGGCAGCUAAGGGACGUAUGCGUUGGACCCCAGAACUUCAUGAAGCUUUUGUUGAGGCUGUUAACAACCUUGGUGGCAUGAACAACGCAAAACCUAAGGCCGUGCUGAAGCAUAUGAAAGUCCAAGGCUUGACUAUAUAUCAUGUCAAAAGUCAUUUGCAGAAAUACAGGACAGCUAGGUAUAUACCAGAACCAUCAGAAGGCUCGCAAGAGACGAAGUUGACACCGCUCGAGCAUGUUACAUCUCUUGAUACGAAGCGUGGGAUAGAUAUCACUGAGGCGCUGCGAGUUCAGAUGGAAGUUCAGAAGCAACUGCAUGAGCAGCUCGAUAUUCAAAGAAAGAUGCAACUUCGGAUAGAAGAACAGGGUAAGGUCCUGCUCAUGAUGUUUGAAAAGCAAAAUAUGGAUUUUCGCAAACAGGAACAAGAAGACAAAACAAGUGAGAGAGCGCCUGAAAGCUGUUCAGAGGAGGCAGAUUCUCCGCGACCAAAGCGUCCGAGAAACAAUGAAUGAAAGGAGAGGUUUCUCGGGAUGACAUAGUCAUAGAAGUGAAAACGGUGGUUUGGUGAAGUUUAAGAGUUUAAAUUAUUAGAGUAAGAGCUUUCUGUCUUCUUAGGGCCUUUUUCUCUUCGCUUUUUUUCUGUCAAAACUAUUAUUUUCUGAUCCUCAGUUCAUUAGGGAAGAACCAAAAAUAAAGAGCAACGAAUUUUGUAGAGUUUUCCCUAUCUGUGGGAUGUAAUCUGGAUGGUGUUUCUAGAUUUAGUGUUUAUGUUAACUAACUUUUUUGGGAAA